GAGUAAACCAAAACAUACCACGCCAUGAUGUUGACUGGCGUUAGCCUAUUUCAACGGCCACAACAAUGACGAGCAUAAUCAUUGUUGCCAAAUUCGAAACCCUCUGAAAGUAGAGAGAGAGGGGGAGAGAGAGAGCUCGUUUGUACAAAUCCUUUUUUUUUGGAGAAUUAAUUAAAUAAAUUAAUUUAAAACCCUAGUUUGUCCAUCGAUUAGCCCUCUCUCUCACUCGAAUUCAAAGCUCAAGAGCCCAUCUAAUCUGUAGCCACCGUCUUCGUCUUGCAUAAUUUUUGGGGGAAAUUGCUUGAUUUCUUGUUUCGAGCUGAGAAUUUCGAAAAUGAGCAGCAAAAGAGAAGAGGAGAAAAAUGAAAAGAUUAUUAGGGGUCUAAUGAAGCUCCCGCCCAAUCGCCGAUGUAUCAACUGCAACAGCUUGGGUCCUCAGUAUGUGUGCACAAAUUUUUGGACGUUUGUUUGCCUGAUAUGCAGUGGAAUACAUCGUGAGUUUACGCAUCGCGUUAAGUCUGUUUCAAUGGCUAAGUUUACUUCUCAAGAGGUGGAUGCACUUCAGAAAGGCGGCAAUCAGCGUGCAAGGGAACUGUUUUUGAAGUCCUGGGACCCGCAAAAGCAGAGGCUUCCAGACAAUAGCAAUGUUGAUAAAGUUCGUGAAUUUAUCAAGAAUGUUUAUGUCGAAAAUAGAUAUGCGACAGAAAAGUCAUCUAGCCGGCCUCCAAGAGAUUCACAGAACCAUGGAGACGAAACGAGGCGCGCAAGUUCAUACCAUUCCUACUCUCAAAGCCCACCUUACGAUUUUCAGUAUGAAGAACGCCGUUACGGGAAAAAUGCACCUGCACUCACCAGAAAGCCCGGCUCUGACCGAGCCGUGUAUGAGGGAAAAUUCUCUAGCUUCUUGAGUCCUAGUCGUUUAAGUGGUGCAAAUGAGGGAUCAUAUCCUAGGGUUUCGGACUAUUCUGUUUCCAGUGGAGGUGAUCCAUUCAGACCUGAUGUGCCUAGUCCCCAGAGAGAAAUUGGGAGCCCGUCUAGUGAUACUUCAAGUCAUUUCUCACACACUGGUAUCCAUAAUCCAGAUGGAAAUAACAUAAACAAUGGAGGAAGGGUGCAUCAUCAUGCCCAGUGUUAUCAAAUAGCCGUCAUGGUCGUACGGCGUGGUGGAUUUCUGCGUUACCACCAUGAGAAGUUUGUGAAGGAUGCCGGUUAUGGUGGCGCCACAUGCUGCCAUGGCAGAAGAUGGUUAUGUCCUCUGCUAAAGUUGUCUACUCGUGCUUUUACACUGACUUGUAACUUUCCUCAUCUUGAACAUAGAACCACAUCUUCGGGUAGCUUUGGAUCGUUCGACUCCAUGUCUUUCAAGUCUGUAAAUUCUGUCGGCCUGCAAGAAGUUGUCUCUGAACCUGAGCAAUCCUUGGACAUGUUCCAUAACAAAACUCCUUCUUUUCCUUCACCUCAAAAUUCAAUUCCCACCACCUUCAACGGUUUGGACCUUUUUAGUGAACCCUUUGCACCUCAAAAUGUCACCUCUGCACCUAAAACUCAUAUUCCAGACCAGUCAUUGGCUAGUCCUGUUGAUUUAUUCCAAAAAUCUCCUAGUCCUUCUGUGGCCACAUUUGGUGAGCUGCAGAAUCUCACAGCUCUACCAAAGCAGCAGUCUGUUGCUCAUUUUAAAGGCGAGAAUUCUGAAAUGGUAAUGCCGGACAAUGGAGGAUGGGCAACAUUUGAUGUUCCUCAGAGCUCACUGCCUGUGGGAACUGACAAUACAAUCCCGUCCUUAGAGCCGUCUCCUGGUGGAAAUAAACAUGGAGUUGUUAACCCUUUUUCACUUGAUCAGAGUUACUUGAAUCACAAUUCAGCGUAUCAUGAACCUUCUGCUUCAAUGCAUGCAGUUCGGCAUGAUGGCCUGAAAAAUGUUGAAACCGCCAGAAAUAGCGCCCCUGUGCAGUUGUGGAAUGCAUUUGAAGAAUUUCCUGGACAACAGACUAUUGAUGAUGUACCAAAGAAUAGUAAUCGAGCUGCAGUACCUCAUGUUUCAGAUGCUAAUGAAUCCCGUGGGCUUGGUGUAAAUAAGGCUUUGGGUGGAAAUGUAAGAACACCAAACGAGGUUGGACCUCCUUCGUCUAGCUUGUCUUCACAUUUCGGUAUGCCGGUGCAUAAUAUCUCGACGGUUCCCAUAGUGACUGGAGCUCAUUCACUUGCAACCGGGCUGAAACCUACCAACCCCUUCGAUUUUGACCUUCCAUGUGAUGCUGCCUUGGAGUCUAGCAGUAUGAAUCAGUUCUGGGACAUGAGUUCAUUGCAAGCAGCUCUACCAGACAAUCAUAUACCAGAUCCUCACGUCAGUGGUCCAAAUGGAUCCUGGUUUCCCCAGAAUUCUCUUGCAUCCUAUGCUCCAAGUGGAACCACAUUUGAUCCUCCUCGUGGGUCUUUCGAAUUUAUAGUUGAGCAAGUGCCGAACACCAGAAUGUCGACUGUCUCUCAAGGCCCUUUUGCUGCACCUAUUGGAGGAAAUCCUUUUGCAUAGUGUUUGACAAUCUCUGUCAAUUUGCAUUAUUUAUAUAGAACUUGUUUUGGCCGUUUGCUUUUGUUUGCUUUUGGUUAUUUUCUCCAGAUGUGUAAACCUCUCUGCUGUGUGAUAUUCAGAUCUCCCACUUUAGCGUUUGUAUUCGUUAAUAGACUUAUAGAAACGAGAUAUAAAUCUGUUGGAAAAAAAAUUGUGUCCAUUCUUUGUUGUAUAAUAUUAAUCAAGUCGCCGUAUUUGUGUUAGCCUAUUUCUUUGUCCAUAGCAUGAGUUGUAAAUGUUGCUGCUGAUGAAUUUUAAAUGAUGGUUGAAUAUGAUGUACUUGGCU